AUGAUUCGGUUUAGGAUCAAGAGCAUCCCAGAGAGCAUAGCUGAUUUAUCAUACAUUCAUAAAGUUCCAAUCACUAUAAAGGAAGAGAUCAAGCCAGUAAUGCACUAAGAAUUGGAUAAGCUGCUAAGAGUAAUCAAAGAGAUGUCUUUAGAAAACAUGAGACUUUACUGCAUUUUGGAUUCAAGGUAAGGUUUACUGGAGGAGUAUGCUCUAAUGAAGGACAAAUAUCUUUCCAAGACCUCUCAGUAAUCCUUGUUAUCAACUUAGAGCUAAACUUAUCUUAGCAUGUACAAUGAUAUACAGUAAAAUAUAGCAGAGGGUAUGGCGUAGUAGAGUUCAAUAUAAACUUUGUAAUUUUAGUCUUGUGUCAAUUUUGAUAUGGCCUAAGGACAUACUCAAAGUCAAUUUCAAAAUUAAAAUUGA